AUGUCUCUCACUGCUGACCAAAGCAAGCGUGUUGCAUACAUUCAACAAAAAUAUAAGUCACUCGAAUCUCAAAUAACGAGAGUCGAAACUUAUGUCAAGGGUGCCAACCCAGAGGCAACCAAUGCGAAGUUAAGGUUGGAUAUUUUGUCUUCAUUACACAAGGAGUACAUGAAGUACAAUGAUGAACUUUCCCAGUUAGAUCCCGACAAUCCUUCGAUAGGUUCGUUUCCCGAUCUCUCUGAUCGUUAUUUUGAGGUUGGCGCUGCUGUUGAGAAACUUCAACGGAGUGUUGAUCCGCCAAUCCCAAUUGCGAAUUCCACUCUGAAUGCGAGUACAAUCGUUCUCGCGGAGCAUCAGGCUCUUCCCAAAAUUCCUCAGGUAUCACUGCCUAUGUUUGACGGUAAUCGUGAAACUUGGUCCCAUUUCAAGAGCAAAUUCACCACGCUCGUUCAUACUCGUACGGACAUAUCGGAUGCCGUGAAGGCCGGUCAGUUGUUUUCUCUGCUCACAGGAGCGGCUUUAGCAAAGGUGUCCCAUUACGAUCCGUGUGAAGCCGAUUAUCAGAAGGCUUGGACCAGUCUUCUCAGUUUUUACGAUCAAAAGCGUAUCGUCGCAAAUCAACAUUUAGAUGCUCUGUUAGAUCUUCCUCGCUUGCAGAAGGCGUGCGAUGAGGAUUUGUCAUCUUUGGUGGACAACGUUCGCCAACGUCUCAAUAUUCUUGAGCGCUUGGGAAGAGCGCCUAGCGAAGAUUUAGUUGUUAGGAUAAUAGAGAGGUGUCUACCUCCUGCAGUUUCUAGUAGAUGGCAAGAUAGACUAGAACCCAAUGCUUUCCCUAAGUUGGACGAUCUUCUCAAGUUUAUUGACAAUACAGUGUUCAAACUGCAAUCUCUGCAUGGCACUUUUUCGACUGCUCCCAAUAGCAGAAAACGUUCUGGGGAAGCCGUUCCGCAAUCGCAUUCUAAGAACCCGAAACAGAACGCUCGUUCUCUGGUCACUUCUGGAGUGUCUUCAACUUCUCAAGCUUCUCAAAUCACUUGUCCAAAAUGCAAGGGCGAACACAAUUUAUUCAGAUGUGUUGAUUUUGAGAAGCUGUCCGUUUCAGAACGAUGGAAAUUCGUAAACAGCAAUAAGGUGUGCCGCAAUUGUCUCGGAAAACAUCCUUUUCCAUGCAAGAGUGAACACCGUUGCAAGAAGUGUUCGAAGGCUCAUCACACAAAACUCCACAAUGAUAAGGGUUCUGGAUCGCAGUCGUCGAAGGCGCCAGAGGCGUCAAAGACUUCUGAAUCUUCAACUAAAGAGGUUCCUAAUUCUUCGAAUCCUCAAUCAUGA